UGUGGCAACUGGGACUGAGGAAAUUUAUUGAUUUCUUUGUGUUUUAAAUAGCUUUUUUCUAAGCGCCUUCUUGAAACUCGCGGCCUUUCCUGGCCCUUGGACCCAGGGAACCGGGAUCACCUGCCCAGCCCAAAACCGGGCACUAGCGGAUGAACUGGGGGACGAAGAGGAGCCACCCCGCUCCCGGCACGGCCACCAGCGGCACCAUCGCUUCUCUGCCACGAGGAAAAGGACAUUAAGAGUUCGAGGAAAGCUUUCAAAGGGGAGUUUUCUGGGAAUGAAAUCAUAUUUUUGUGGGGUUUUUUUAUAAUGAAGAAAACCAUCCGAAUUGCCUGAUGUUUCUGUGGUAAGGUAACUUGCAUUCUUGCAGCACAGGAGGAAUUCUUUCCUGCAUUACAAAUUUGGAAGAAAAAGUGAGAGUUGGAAAAUGGUUCUCUGAAAGAGGUGUGGAUGUAUCAGGAUGUAGCUACUGUACAAAGGUCAUACUUGGAUAAUUCUGGAUAGGAAAAAGCAUCCCUUUCCUGACCUCCUGAAGAGGCUGCAAUCCUUCGAGCCUCAGCAUAAUGAAUGGUUUCUAUCACGCGGCACUAAAGUUCCCUCCUCUGACUACUACGCUGCACAGAAGAGUUUGUAAGAGUUACAAAGAAAGUAAUUCCUGCUAAAGGCAUUAAACCAAACAAAAGAGGCUCUUCAUUCACAGACUUUACAUGAGGACAAAAAUAGAAGGAAGCUGAAGCUUUUCUACACUGGGGCCUGGUGUGCUUAUGUACCAUGAUAAAUCUUGGUUGGAAUGCUCAUUGAGAAUCGUGCCAGGAGCCAGGAAACACACACCACCAACAAGGACCAUCUGAGUAAACACCAUCGAGAAAAAACUGCUUCAUGGAGUAAACUGUAAGAGUGACUGGGCAAAAAGACAUCCCUUUACUGGAUAUCCUCAAGCACAAAAUUUACUCAUACCUUUAAAUACGAUUGUUGAAGAUCAGAACUGUAUAGAAAUCUCAUCAUUCCUGACCAUGAUUAGUGUUACCUGGAGCAUCUUCCUAGUUUGGACUAAAAUAGGGCUGUUACUUGACAUGGCACCUUAUUCUGUUAGUGCCAAACCAUGCCCUUCAGUAUGUCGCUGUGAUAUGGGUUUCAUAUAUUGUAAUGAUCGCGAUUUGACGUCUAUUCCUACAGGAAUCCCAGAGGAUGCAACUACCCUCUUCCUUCAGAACAAUCAAAUAAAUAAUGCUGGGAUUCCUUCAGAACUGAAGAACUUGCUUAGGGUGGAAAGAAUAUAUUUAUACCGCAACAGCCUAGAUGAAUUCCCCACUAACCUCCCUAAGUACAUUAAGGAACUGCAUUUGCAGGAGAACAAUAUAAGGACCAUUACUUAUGAUUCACUUUCAAAAAUUCCUUAUCUGGAAGAACUGCAUUUGGAUGAUAAUUCUGUUUCUGCUGUUAGCAUCGAGGAUGGAGCUUUCCGGGACAACAUCUAUCUCAGACUUCUUUUUCUUUCCCGAAAUCACCUUAGCACCAUUCCCUGGGGUUUGCCUAAAACCAUAGAAGAGCUACGCUUGGAUGAUAAUCGUAUUUCCACAAUUUCUGAGCUGUCCCUUCAAGACCUUACAAAUCUAAAACGCCUUGUUUUAGAUGGAAAUCUUCUAAAUAAUCAUGGAUUAGGAGACAAAGUCUUCAUGAAUCUAGUCAAUCUUACAGAAUUGUCAUUGGUUCGCAAUUCACUCACAGCUGCACCGGUGAAUUUGCCGGGAACAAACCUAAGAAAGCUUUAUCUCCAAGAAAACCACAUCAAUCGUGUGCCACCCAACGCUUUCUCUUACUUACGGCAAUUGUAUCGACUAGAUAUGUCCAAUAAUAAUCUCAGCAAUUUACCUCAGGGUGUCUUUGAUGAUCUGGACAACAUCACUCAACUGUUCCUUCGCAACAACCCUUGGCACUGCGGGUGCAAAAUGAAAUGGGUACGUGACUGGUUACAGUCAUUGCCUUUGAAAGUGAACGUACGUGGACUGAUGUGUCAGGCACCAGAAAAAGUACGUGGCAUGGCUAUCAAAGACCUCAGUGCAGAACUGUUUGACUGUAAGGAUGAUAGCGUGAUAAGCACCAUCCAAAUCACUACUGCAGUACCAAACACGUUAUACCCGGCCCAGGGACACUGGCCCAUUUCUGUGACCAAACAACCAGACAUCAAGACUCCCAACCUAAACAAAAACUACAGAACCACGGCAAGCCCGGUACGCAAAAUCAUUACAAUAUUUGUGAAAUCCGUAAGCACAGAGACUAUUCACAUCUCCUGGAAAGUUGCACUACCAAUGACUGCUUUGAGACUCAGCUGGCUCAAGAUGGGUCACAGCCCUGCCUUUGGAUCUAUAACUGAGACAAUAGUUACAGGUGACAGAAACGACUAUUUGCUCACGGCUCUUGAACCAGAGUCGCCAUACCGUGUGUGCAUGGUUCCCAUGGAAACCAGCAACAUCUAUCUCUCCGAUGAAACACCCGAAUGCAUUGAGACCGAGACGGCGCCUCUUAAGAUGUACAACCCUACCACCACUCUCAAUCGGGAGCAGGAGAAAGAACCUUACAAAAACUCCAGCUUGCCCUUGGCCGCCAUCAUCGGCGGUGCGGUGGCGCUGGUGGCCAUAGGGCUGCUGGCCCUGGUCUGCUGGUACAUCCACAGAAACGGGUCCCUGUUCUCCCGGAACUGCACCUACAGCAAGGGACGCCGGAGAAAAGAUGACUAUGCCGAAGCGGGAACCAAGAAAGAUAACUCCAUCCUGGAAAUCAGGGAGACUUCUUUCCAGAUGAUACCAAUAACCAGUGACCAAGUGUCCAAGGAGGAGUUUGUAAUACACACCAUUUUCCCACCUAACGGCAUGAAUCUGUACAAGAACAGCCACAGUGAAAGCAGUAGUAACAGGAGCUACAGAGACAGUGGUAUUCCAGAUUCAGAUCAUUCACACUCAUGAUACUGAGGGACAUGAAAAGACUGGUUUGGGUUUUGUUGGGUUUUCUGGGUUUGUUUUAUUUUUUAAAGAAAACAAGAAAAGACUGACUUAACAGUUGCUGUUCUACUGCAAAACACUGGAUUAAAAGACUGACAAAGCAAUGUACUGUACAUUUGCCAUAUAAUUUAUAUUUAAGAACUUUUUAUUAAAAGUUUCAAAUUUCAGGCUACUGCUGCGAUUAAUGUAGUGGGGAUACCUGACCACAAUUCUAUAUUUUAGUAUUUUUUAGUAAUUUGUACUGUAUUUUCCUUGCUAAUAUUGAAGUUACAGAUCAUUUAACUUUUGUGUUCUACUGAGUAAGAUGACUUGUUGACUGUGAAAGUGAAUUUUCUUGCCGUGUUGAGCAGUCAGAACAUUCAUCUGAGAUCCUUGUAAGUGUAAGCACAGACCAUUUUUCACUUUGGUAUCAAUAAAAUAAUGUUGAACCUGGCUAAUCAGGAAGAUCAAAAAGUGGUUACAAAAGCUCACAGAACUUCCAGUGUUGGGUCUAUUAAAUCUGUAAACCACAACAAUAUUCAAUAAACAAAAAUAUGUGUAGUAAUGGGCAAUAUCAGCUGUCUGGAUAUAUCCAUUCAACAGUGGUGAAAUCCAGUUUAAAUGAGAAUAAGCAAAUUGAUGACAUGCAUGAAACUGCAGCUUUUGGCAAGUGUUAAAAAAAUCUAAUCCCUAGAGGAAAGCAUAAUCAAAUUCCUAACAAGGAAUUUAAAAAAAAAAAAAAAGGAAGGAAAAAGUGGUAAGCUCUACGAACCAAGAAGGUAGCUACAGUUUAGGAAUAGAUUUUUGGUUAUCAAAAUCAGUGGUCUGUAUAUUACAGAGAAAAUAGUGAUGGAUGCUCACAGGCAUUUGGGAGACAAGGGCAGGAAGACAGAGACAACACUUUGAAACUGCUUGGAAAAGAAAAAGGGCUGAAAGUGCAGUUUCACAAGAAAAGAGAGCAGGACAAAACCCAAGGCAAUAAAAGCAAGGUGUCAAAAACUGUGGUCCCAAAGGUGAGCAGACAAAUGGGGAAUGCAUUCUGAAGCAUAUACGAGUCUGUGUUCAGUAUACUGCUGUUACAGUCAGGAAUACUGCCCAUUACUGUCACAGUUAUCCAGAAAUUCCUUGGUAAAUCUGUAAGGUAACCUGUUUCUUUCUGCCUUCCUGCUGAACUAUGAGCUAUUUCAUGUUUAAACACCAAGCCACUCUUUGUUGCAAUAAUCAUUCUGUUUCUUCAACUAAAAACCAAAGUGCUUUGUACGCCCUUUGGCCAGUCUUGUGUGUGCCUUGAUCCAACGCUACAUGUAUCAAGCUUUUAAAAACUAAGAAAAAAGGAAAUAAUAAAAUACCCACUUUUUCAUACAUAACUUAACUAUGAAAAAUACUGGUCUUAUUCAUGAAUGAAGUUGAAAAACUACUUCAAAAUUAUGCUGCACCUCUGCAGUGCACUGAUAAGAAACCCACUUAGAAGCUACUACUUUUCUGGUCAUGAGCUUCACCUCUCUGUUCAGGUUAACAGUAUUACACUUGCAGGUUUUCUUCAUUAUUAACUACUUGGGAAAAAAGUUUUCACAGCAGUGAACAGUGUGAACAAUGAAAGGGAGGGAAGGUAUGGAGUUAAAGCCCUCUGAAAUACAGUUUUUAAAAGAAACAGCAAAUGAAAAAUAUUUAAUAUUUCAGACUAUAUCAGACAAGAAGGAAAGUACACCAAAUGCAGCUCAAUUCUAUAAGGAUUUUAGUAGUGCUUGGCCUGUUUCCCUAAGAGUAGCAAAGAAUGAGAGAUGAAAAGGAAGAGUGACCAACACUGAUGGUUUCAGCAAGCAGUUGCAAAUCAAUCUCCUACCAGGGAUCCACCUAGGUGCGCAGAUCCAGAAUUUCUGGAUUUUCAUCCUCAUUUUUUUCAUCCUCAUUUUCCAGAUGUGCCCAGGCUAGUUCCUCUCCAAACUCCCUGUACCAUGGAAUUGUUGACAUGUCACUUUCAGAAAUGUCUCCUGCAGUUUCCUGAGCAGUGGAGGCGCAGCACUGUGCUUCCUUACUCACCUUAUACAAACCAUGUCUCCUUUGCAUGGAGCAUUGAAUGGAUCCAUGGAAAGGGGAGUGAGUGUAACACUAAGCAGUGAUGUGCUCAGCUCAGUGUAAUGCACCAAACAAGACUGUUUUCCUCUGGUGUCCAUCUGUGUCCAUUGGCACCAUCAGGUGCCAGUCUAGGGAAGGGCAAGAAAGCCAAGACUGAGCACGUGGAGCCUUAUUAUGUUGAUGUGCAAAAAGCUUCCCAAGCAAUGAGCGGAAAAGGAAAACAACACAGAGGGACUGGAUAGACCUGUUCUUGGUCUGCACUCUCACAGGGGAUCCCUGAUACCUGAGCUCACUUAGUGACUGGGUCACUGGCCAGAGAGCCUAGUUCUUUGCCAGCAGCUCUCCAGUAACAAAAUUAAACAUGUUUUGUUGGAUUUUCAAGCUAUUUAAAAACCUCUCUCCCAGUUGGCUCCUAAUUUAUGUUGUGAAAAAGGUAAAAAACAACACUCCAUGAGUACUUUGCCUUCUGAGGCAUCUAAGCCAGAAGUGCCUGGUAAUGGUAUGUACCAACUCCAGUGAUGCCAUGCAAGGUCAUAAGGGUAUAAAAAACAUUGUCAUUUGAAGAGAUAAUUGUAUGGCAGUCUCCAGAAAUGUGACUUUUCAUGUGAUAUUGUUGUCUGUGAGGCAGUAGGGUACAAAUCCAAAGCAAUUUCACUAAAUCAACCCCGUUGUUCCUACUUCACCUUCUACCGGCAAGAGUGAAAACCUGGACAAGGCUCUGUCUUCCUCAGGAAACCAUGUCAGGCUUGCAGGAGAGCUGGUGUCCUCUCUUACCACAUGUGAUGACAAUGCAAAAAUGGCACACUGGAGUGUGUAAGACCUUCCUCAAGUUCUGCAGCAAAUUUAACUCCACACAUGUAAUGUUACAAUUAAUUUGGCAAGUGAAAGAUUGGUUUCAAACUAAACUGUGUUUUUUCCUUUGGCUGUUCAUACAAAUUUCUAUUCCUCUCCAUGUCAGGACCAUCUCUUCUAGGAUAAGACUGCUGCUUAUCCUAGUGCUGCAGUUGCUGCAUGCAAUGCUCCCCAGCACCAUCAUAAAUCCCUUCUGUUAGACAGGUAUAUAUGCAGGCAAAGCGGAUUACUACAGUAGGCAGUUUAUUCAACACGUUUAUCAAAAUAACUAAUCCACAUUAAAGUUAUCUCAGUUUUCAAAGUCCAUGUUAUUUCUGUACUGUUCAAUAUUAAUUGUGGAGCAAGGGAUGGGAUUUUUUUCAAUGUUGCCUAAACCUAUGUGUAGAGUUCACUUAAUCAGUACUCUCCAUAUUCAAAUAGUAUGCUAAGUAUCUUUUACAUUCUUUAUAUUGUCCCCUUUUUUAAUUUAUAUUGCUGUCCUGAAUUGCCCACAGUUUUGUUUCAACCUGAAAACCAUCUCCAUAAACACCCUGGUACUUUGGAAACUGGAUUAAUUUUGUCUCAUCCUGGCACCUUCAAGAACUAAGUGCAGAAGUUGGACUCAAUGAUCCUGAUGAGUUCUUCGAACUCAGUAUAUUCUAUGAUUCUGUGAGAAAUUUGCUUCAUUUAUAAGCUGUUAUUUCCUAGCCUUCUACCAGAGCCUGAUAUGCAGCAACUGUUGGGGUUUUUUGAUUGUUUUUUUCGUCUGGCUUUAACAGUACCAAAUUCAAAGUAUUAUGGUCUUGGAACACAGUUUCCAUCUCUCCUGCUAAUGCACUAGUGAGCAUGCAAGCUAUCUUGUGCCAAUGCUGUACAUAUUGAAUGUAGAGCAGCAAAUGCAAUAAAGCAAGAGCAAAAGUAAUAAAGGCUUAUUUGCUAUUAAAAUAAUUUACUGAUGACAUAAUGCACUAAAGAAUAUAUAUAGACUUCCCUGCUAAGAGGAUGAAAUUUUGCACGUUCACCUGCAGCUAAAGUUGGAUAAGAUCUUCAGAAGUGAGCUGGCAGAUGCCGUCUCUCUGGACAUAUCCAUGUUUGUUUGAGAUAGUUUGGAGCAGAACCAUAAUUCAAACAGGCACCCUCCACUUUCAAAACACUUUAACCUUACUUCCAAAUCCAUAUAUUGUGUCAGCAUCACCCUGGGUCUGAUCUUUGUUUAAUUAACUGUUUCUUUACUGAUACCAGAACAGCCAGAGCUUCAAGUCAUGGUCCAGCACUUAACUAUGAGUGAUUUUUUUUUUUUUUUUUUUCAAAGCAUGAAGUUACUUAAUACCUGAGAAGUUUUCAUUUUCCAAACUAGCCCAGAGUGGUUCCAUCAGAGAGAACAAGCUCAUUGACUGAAUUCACACAUCAGAAUUUUACUUUUUUUCUUCACAAAUGAAUUUAAUUUUGGGGUGAGGGAUAAGAGUCCCACCCUUGUGAUGAAAUUAGAGCUUUUUCAAGAACUCUGAAGGUACAACCAUGACACAGGUAUUAAAUUCUGGACACAAUUGUUUUAAAAGUUUUUACUUUUAGUAAACAUGAAUGUUUGAUUUAGUAGUUAUUUCAUCAAAUAAUUUCCUGUUCCUCUCAAAAAACCGAGAUAAAAGCAGAACAUGAAUCUCAGUUUCUAAAAAGGUGGCAAAGCAGAUGCUCAAAACAAGCAUCACCUUGUGUUGUCAGCACAGGACAUCAAGUUAGGUACUCACAGCAUGGCAGUCUUUAAGUGAUACCUGAGGAACAUUUCUCCCCUGGGGGGAAACCAAAACACUUCAAAGGGGUGUUAAAUAAACAUUCUCUGGAUUUUUGAUGGUCAAAGGCAUACAACACGCAUUUUGGCAACCAAGCAAAUGUCCGUUGUGCAUGGACAUCAUAAACGCCCUAUGCCUGAAACCUGCAGAUCAGGACUGCAGAUGUGAAUUUCCCACCUUCAACAGCUUUUCAGAGCCCCUUUUUGUUUUCUUAGGAUGAAAAUGUAAUGGAGUCAUAGUAUAAAACUCCUCAAGAUUAAAAACAUGAGCUGAAAACAUCUUUUUGAUACCUGAAGCUGGACCUUCUAAGCUUAGCAAGAACACUCAUAAAUAAGUUAUAAAAAUAGAAGGGUCUUAAUAGGGCUAAUUAAAUAAUCUGACUUGUUCAAGCUGGUUGAUAGUGUUCAUAUAGGCUGAUACUCUGUCCUGAACAGCCCUCUUAAGUCAUCAAAAACAGGGAGCAGAUCAUAGCCAAGUGCUAGCACAGGCUCCCAUCCCCUUGCUGAGCUUAAGGAAUAUCUAUCUAUAGACAGAGCUGUGGAAGGUCUAAUUGUUCGAACUCGAGGGGCUGCACCAUGUUCUUUAAUCACUAACUGUGGGAACAUCAUUUACAAAAGGAUGAAAUUAUGCACAUUAUGCAUAAUUUAGUGUCCCUGAUUUAUGCAAAAUAUUUAAAAAUUUAUUUAGCUCAGAACUGCACAUCCGAUUUAUGUAAUACCGCUUCCUCCAGUGGCCUUAGUCCCUGAUAAAUGCCUACUAGGCAACUGGCUUUCCACAUGAAAACAGAUUUUUUUGGUGGUUGUGGGGACCAGUUUUGUUUAGUAUUUUUUCUUGUCUUUUUUUUUUUUUGUAAUUAAGAACAAUAAAUAAUUUUUCUGCAAAUCUUUCAAUUUUUAAUGGGAUACAAAAGUCAACUGGUUGAUAAUUUUAAAUGAAUGCCCUAAGACAUGGCAGGUGCUGGUGCGAUAAAAGAUGUCCCCACAAACUCUGCUUUCCCAUCUCACCUCACAAUAAUGCUUUCCAGGGUUUUAACUUGAAGUCUUGCUUUCACUGCAAGGAUUGCAAAAAGCUAAUGAAAUCUGUUUUCACUACUAUAAGAUCGAAACUGGGGAAUUUUAAAUUUUGCGAUGCACACAAGCAGUUGUAUUUACAUAACGCAGGCAUGGCUUAGAAGCAGCAUCUUUCAGGCAAGGUUACACACAGGAGACCACAGCAAAUCUUUGUCCUCCCCUGAGCCUGCUGUAUUAACAAAAUUUCCUACAUUACUACUCCAAGCAUCAGCAGCUUCAACAGGCAGUAACAGAAAGCCUCCUUACCUUUCAUAUCAUCUUCAGCUACCAGUUUAUGUGUAUAGAGUUAAUUUGGCUUCCUUCCAGUUGUUUUUCCAUGGAUUCAGUGAGGAAAUACAGAAGUAACAGUUUUUAAAAAGGUAAACCCUUCUACCAAGGAAUGCUAACAAUGCAGAGGAUUUAAGAAAUGAUGUUUUAACCCUUAUUCCAGAAUUACAUCUCAAAUACAAGCCUGUGUAAACCCUGCACACUUGCUGAUUGUGUGUAUAAUAUGCUCAACCCCUGUUUAAGCUACGUUUAAUGGACAAGUUAUUUGCAUUGCACUCCUCCUCAAACUAUUUUCAUUUUCUAUGCAGUUUGAGCAACAAUGUAAGAAUGUGGAUAGGUACAGAAUCUGUGGUAUUUUGUUUACCUGGUUUCAGUAAUCUUCUGAAGAAACAUUAAGACACUUAUUUCCAAAGCCUGAUGGAAUAAAUUAUUGCCCACGAGGAACAUGAGCUCAUUAACAGAACGAAAGCCAUAUACAGGGAAAUGCUAACCCAGUGAGUAAAUACAAUUUUAGGGCAUUAGCUGAUAACACAGAACCUCCACCUAAUGUUUUUAAAGUAAUUAUUUUCCCUUAAGAACUCCUUAAUGGCAUGUAACCUACUUCAUCCACUAAAAACCUUUUCAUUUCUCCCUGAUAGAGAAAUGACAUACAGCAUGUUAAAAUAAAAAUUAAGUAAAAAUGCCACAGUACUCCCAGGUCUUGGAAUUUUUUCUGGUUGCUGAAAUUCAACACUUUGAAGCCCAAUGAAGUAAGCAGUCAGGAGAAUAUUACUCAGGGAGCUAAACUGCUGACAGUUAGCCUUGUGCAAUUUCCUUGGAUAAAGGAAAAAAAAGGCAGCGAUGGAACUGCAUGUUGGACCUCACCAGCUCAACCAUGGCUGUCUCAGACACACUCUCACCUCUCCCAGUUAUGCACCUUGGUGCUUUUGACUACAGGAAAACUUGUAAGUACCUUUAAGGGUCAAAAAGGUUGAGCACCAGUAGGAUCAUCUCAAAGCUCUUCUUUCAAAUCUUUCUUCUUUUUUCUUUUUGUCUUUGUUAAUUAAAUAAGGCUCACUGAGACAGUUUGUUCAGUAAACAGGCCUUUUAUGCAUGUUAAAACCUCUUCACUGCUAACUGCCCUUGUUGAUACAUAGUGGAAUAGUGCUGAACCCUCCUUAAAGAGUUUGCACUUAAAUCCAGGGCAGGCACAUUACAAAAUAUUUUCCCUGGCAAUCUCCACUAUUCCCAUGAAUUUACAAAUACAUGAUGUUAAGGGUGGGGGAACAAGAUAGUAAAAUAAUCCUAAGAAGUUGCUCUUACCACUGUUGCUUUCCUGUGUUCCAUUUACAAAUUUAAGAAAUCUGAAUAAACAAGAUCAAUUAAAGAGAAUUUUGGAGGAGAGGGACAAUACCACAAAAUCACAUUUUUACUACUGAGAAUUGAAUUAUACU